CCUGCGCUCUGACUUCUCUACAUCACUUCCUGGACGUACUGAUCCACAAAGCACAGCAGAGACUCUAGGGGGUUCACCACAAUUUCAACAUGAGGCCAUCUCGUCUCCUCAUAUCCAUCAUUACCGUGAUCUGUAUCAAAGGUGUUUACCUCAGUAAAGAAAAACAAGUGUUUCAGACUCCGGCUGAACUUUUACAGAAAGCUAACGGUGAAGUCAAGCUGAGUUUGACACAUCAGAUCCAGAGCUACGACACGAUUCUCUGGUAUCGGCGCUCAGCAGGAGACAAUUCCCUGAAGCUGAUCGGCUAUGUGGCUUAUAAGAACCCUACGGUCGAGACGCCGUUUCAAAGCCACUUUAAAGUGAGCGGAGACGGAGAGGAUACCGCCUUUCUGCACAUCUUCAACCUGACGCACCCCGAGGACAGCGGAGAGUAUUUUGGAGCAGCUAGUAUGCACAGUAGUAAAGACGAGAGACUCGGUCGAACAAAAACCUCCGUAAUGAUGAUGCGGCAGAUAACGGCACAACGACAGGAAACCACUGAAACAAGGAGACGCGUGAGAAUGAUCUCAAGCGUCACCACCUUGACCUUCUUUGUGCUCUGGGCUGCAGGAGUUUCUCAGUCUGUGCUCAUCACCCAGUGGCCCCACUACAUCUCCAGGCUUCCCAGUGGAUCGGCAGAAAUGAGCUGCUACCAGAAUGACACCGACUACGACUAUAUGUACUGGUACCGACAGCUGAGAGGAGGAGAAAUUCAGCUGGUGGGCUAUUUAGUAGCUGGCAGCGCAAACUACGAAGCGGGAUUCCAGUCAGGUUUCGAGGCGGCGAAGUCGCAGGAGAAGCAGUGGUCUCUGAAGAUAGCCAGCGUUCAGAGGGAAGACGAGGCCGUUUAUCUGUGUGCCGCCAGUCUGCACAAUAACAGGUCUGAGGCUUACUUCGGAGCUGGAACUAAACUCACCGUUUUAGAGUACGACGUCAAGCCGCCGGUGGUGAAAGUGCUCGGACCGUCGUCGAGGGAGUGUCGGAACCUGAAGGACAACGAAAGGAGGAAGACCUUGCUGUGUGUGGCCAGUGAUUUCUACCCGGACCACGUCAGCGUGUCCUGGCGGGUCGGCGGACAGGAAGUCAGCAGAGGCGUGGCCACUGACAACGCUGCCCUGCGACAAGGGGAGAACUACAAAAUCACCAGCAGGCUCAGGGUCUCUGCCGAAGACUGGUUCAAACCAGAGACUGAAUUCGAGUGCAUCGUCAGCUUCUUCGAUGGGACUGGAAACACAAAUCAUUCAGCUUCAAUCUUUGGUGGAAAAGCUCCAGACGAUGUCCUGACCAGAGAAAAAUACCUGAGGAUCACACAGAAGGCCAAACUCUCCUACGGCGUGUUCAUCGUCAAGAGCAGCAUCUACGGAGCCUUUGUGGUGUUUCUGGUGUGGAAACUGCAGGUUUGUCAAACCUUCAUAUAUUUCAUGUAUAUUCCAUGUAACGGUUGUACUCUACAUUAAGACCAUGUCUCCCUUUGUGUCCG